AGACAACUCCGUCCAUGUCGAAGCUCAGACACACUCUCUCUACAUUCACUUGUAUCAAUCUCUGUCUUUUUCUCUACGCGAUCUCUUCUCAAACAUCCAACGCUAAAUUUCUCAAAACUUCUCUCUUCACUCUCUUUCUAAUUUAUUAGGGUUUAUUUUUAUUGUAUUUAUUUCUUCAAUUGUUCGACGAUUCUCCCGAUUAUCUUCACUCCAUUUAGCCUCUCGAGUAAUAAUCACUUCGUCUUCUUCUUCACUUCAGAUUCAUUGCCGUUCAGCUUGUGAAGUUAUCAUAUUAUUCAUAUUAUUGGGAAGGUCACUUCAGUCCUCACUGACAUUCUUAGGUGAGUAAUUGUGAUUUUCCAAGUUACUGCCAGUGGAUGUAACUGUUGGAUAUAAUAACCGAGCCUUUUUGUUGGACUCAGCAAGCUUUAGAGGCUGUGAAUUACUUGGGGUACAUUGUGAUAUAUAUGGGUUGCAGAGAUGAACAUACUUUAGAAGAACUUCUCUGCUAUCAAUUUAUAUCUUCACAAUAAGCAAAAUGCGGUCCUUGUGGGGGAAGUCAUCAUCAAAGAAGAAAGCCAGUAAGGAAAAUAUUAUUUGCACAUUACAUAAAAAAUCUAAGAAUACAUCUGAAGGUAAACAAGGCAGUAGAUCUGGAGGGUCUCAAAGGCAUUGCAAUGAUAACAUUUCAGAAUUAGGUUCUCAAUCUCGAGCUGAAUCUCGAUCUACGUCACCUUCCAAACAAGUAUCCAGGUGUCAAAGCUUUGCUGAAAGGACUAAUGCUCAACCACUACCACUUCCUGGUCCACACCCUGCAGCUGUAGGUCGUACUGAUUCUGGAAUUAGUGUAUCAACUAAACCAAGAUUGGGAAAAGGUUCAAAGAAAUCCUUGUUUUUGCCUCUCCGAAAACCAGCAUGUAUACGUGGUAGGGCAAAUGCUACUGAUUUGGAUGGAGAUCUGGUCACCACUUCCUUUUCCAGUGAGGGCUCCACUGAUAGCGAUGAUCCAGCAGAUUCCCAUCAUCGCAGUCCCCUGACAAAUGACUAUGAUAAUGGAACUAGAACUGCUUUUAGCAGCCCUUCAUGUGUGGUGGUGCCGAAGGAUCAUCCAUCCAGUGCUGCUCAAACAAACUCUAGAGAUGCAAAAAGAACAUUAAACCUUUCAUUGGGUAAUCGUAUCUCCCCUAAAUCAGCUAAGCAAAGACCUUUAAGUGGUGCUGUACCAAAUCUACAGGUUUCAUUUCAUAAUGCCUUCAGCAGUGCACCUGACAGCUCCAGAUCAAGUCCUUCCAGAAGUCCAAUCAAUGUUCUUGGCACUGAGCAGGUUGUUAAUUCUACUUUCUGGGCAGGAAAGCCUUAUGCAGAUGUCACAUUACAUGGAUCAGGCCACUGUAGUCCUAGUUCAGGUCAAACUUCUGGGCACAAUUCCAUGGGAGGGGACAUGUCAGGACAAUUAUUUUGGCAACAAAGUAGGGGUAGCCCAGAAUACUCUCCUAUACCGAGUCCCAGAAUGGCUAGCCCUGGGCCCAGUUCCAGAAUCCAAAGUGGUGCUGUUACCCCUCGUCAUCCAAGAGCUGGAGGGGCACCCAUUGAGUCGCAAACAAGCUGGCCUGAUGAUGGGAAACAGCAGAGCCAUCGUUUGCCUCUUCCUCCUAUAAUGGUUUCCAAUUCUUCUCCUUUCUCUCAUUCAAAUUCUGCAACAACUUCACCCCAGGUACCUCGAAGUCCUGGAAGGGUAGAGAAUUCUGUGAACCUUGAGUCGCAUUGGAAAAAGGGAAAGCUUCUGGGUAGAGGCACAUUUGGACAUGUUUAUGUUGGUUUUAACAGUGAUAGCGGAGAAAUGUGUGCAAUGAAGGAAGUUACAUUAUUUGAUGAUGCCAAGUCAAGAGAAAGUGCUAAGCAGUUGAUGCAGGAAAUUGCCUUACUGAGCCGCUUAAGGCACCCAAACAUUGUGCAGUAUUAUGGGUCCAAAACGGUAGGGGAAAAACUUUAUAUAUACCUGGAGUAUGUAUCUGGUGGAUCUAUUUAUAAGCUUCUUCAGGAUUACGGACAAUUUGGUGAACUAGCAAUGCGUAGUUAUACUCAACAAAUUUUGUCAGGGCUUGCCUACUUACACUCUAAACAUACUGUUCAUAGAGACAUAAAAGGAGCAAACAUACUUGUAGACCCAAAUGGUCGAGUCAAGUUGGCAGAUUUUGGGAUGGCAAAGCAUAUUGCUGGGCAGUCAUGUACAUUAUCUUUCAAAGGAAGCCCUUAUUGGAUGGCACCUGAGGUUAUAAAGAACCCAAAUGGUUGCAAUCUUGCUGUUGAUAUAUGGAGUCUUGGAUGCACAGUUUUGGAAAUGGCCACAACAAAACCACCCUGGAGCCAAUAUGAAGGGGUUGCUGCCAUGUUUAAGAUUGGGAACAGUAAGGAACUCCCAGCAAUUCCAGAUCACCUCUCAAAUGAGGGAAAGGAUUUUGUGAGGCAGUGUUUGCAACGCAAUCCUGCAUUUCGUCCUACAGCUGCUGAGCUUUUGGAGCAUCCUUUUGUGAAGUCUGCUGCACCUUUGGAAAGACCCAUUCUGGACUUGGAACAUUCAGAUAUACCCCCAGGGGUUACAAAUGGAGUGAAAAAUCUGGGUAUUGGGCAAUCGAGAAUCUACUCUCCCUUAGAUUCAGAAAAACUUGCAGUUCAUUCAUCGAGAGUAUUGACUUCUCCUCAUGCCAGUGAUAUCCUUAUUCCAAAGAACAAAUCAUGUCCAGUGUCUCCCAUAGGAAGCCCACAUUUACAUCCAAGGUCGCCACAACACCUGAAUGGAAGAUUAUCUCCUUCUCCUAUAUCUAGCCCACGGACGACUUCAGGUUCCUCCACACCUCUCACAGGCGGCAGUGUUGCUAUACCUUUCAAUCACUUGAAACAACCGGUUUACUUGCAAGAGAGUUUUGGAAGCAUGCCAAAGCCCUCAAAUAGUUUCUAUAGCAAUGGCCCUUAUCAGGAUUCAAAUCCCAACAUUUUUCGAGGGAUGCAGCCAGGGUCUCACAUCUUCUCAGACUUGUUGCCCUCUGAAAGUGAUGUUUUGGGGAAGCAACUUGGAAGGCCUGUUCAUGGAGAACCUUAUGAUGGACAGUCAGUCUUGGCUGAUCGUGUAUCUCGGCAGCUCCUAAAGGAUCAUGUGAAGAUGAAUCCAUCUCUGGAUCUAAGUCCGAGCUCUCCUUCACCCACCAGGACCAGUGGUGUCUAAACUUACGCAUUUUCUUUUGUGGCUCACCAAUCUGAUAAAGAAGUUUGUCUGACUGGAUUUUUUGUCCUGCUGAACAAUUUAUUUACCAUGUUAACUACUGUGCAAUCCGUCCCUGGAUCUAAGUCCCAGCUCUCCCUUAACCACCAGGACCUGCGGUUUCUAAUCUUAUGGAUUUCUUUUUGUGGCACACCAAUCUGAGAGAACUCAGAAGUUUGUCGCACUGGAGCUCUGGUCCCACUGAACACUUUAUUACCAUGCGGACUUCUGACGAAGCUGAUUUUGUCAAUAAUGGCUGGCAUGGGAAAUCUCUGGAAUAAGUUGGGCAAAGUGGCUCGAGGUCAGGUUGUCUUUCAGGCUCCUUACUAAUGAGUAAUCUUAAGCUAUCUGACAGAACUGAUUGUAGAGAUGAAUUUCAGCAGAACCAAUUGAUCCAAAAUGGAGCUAGCUUCCCAGCAAAUAACUUGCCAAUGUUGGUAUGAUGCGGCGUUGACUUUGUACAGAGCUGAGUCCAUAAUUGUCAUCUAGUGGCUAACUAACUGUGGUAUCAAGAGCAUGAUUUUGAGGGGGCAAGUUGGCUUCUGAGUUACUGUUGAUCCAGUGUAUGGCCCUUCAGGAGCAAAUGAAUUGCUGUGAUUUCAGUACAGUUUUUAAAUCACUGUAUAGGGGGAAAAAAAAAAAAAAAAGGAAGAGCAAUUAAGCUGGUAAAGUAAUUAGCAUGUAGACUAAUUUUUUGGGGUCAAAAUGCUGUACAGAAGAUGGGGAUCGGAAUUAUCACAGAUUUGUUGAGCUUCUGCAUUUGCUUCUUGUUCAUACUGUUCAUUCUAAUUCCUUGUAUGUACAUUGCCCCUUGACUGGCGCCAUGAAUCUGUAUUUUCCAACACAUUUUCUGGAGCGAAAAUUCAUAGUCUAAAAUUGAACUACAUACUGUAAAUGUUCCAAGUUCUGGCAGGUGAUGCUAUUUUUAUGAGAGAAGACAAAUGGGAUUUGCAUUA